CGCUGCACCGGGGCAUGUCCCUGCAAGGGAGGGCACCUGCCUCCCGGGGCUGCGGGCACCAGCCGUGUCACACCGACGCUGCUGGCACCUCGGUGGAACUGGCCACGUCUGCAUCUCCUUGCCUGCAGCGGUGCCAGGGCAUCUGCUGACCCUGGUGACGGCCUCAUUCCUUUGCCCGUGGUGACACCAGGGCAGCUGGUGGCGCUGGCCACAUCCGCCGGCCCUGCUGAGCCCGUGGCACAGCGUGAGCCGUGUCCCAGCGCUGGCUGUGCCCCAGCCCGGGCACCUGAGCCCCCAGCGGGGGACUGCUGCCUGCGGUGGGGCUCUGCCUUUCGGGGGACACCCUGUGUCACCGGCGCCACCGGGGCUACGAGGUGCCACAGCAGCCCGGGGCCAGCCUGCAGGAGCUGCCACCGCCACCCGAGCCGCAUGUCAGGGUGACACCCAGCCGCUCCUGCCCCCGCCGCGGUGGCACGGGGACACCCUGAGCAUCCCGAGGAAACGGCCUGGGGCCACCUUAAGUUCCCAGAGGUGACGCAGCGGGGCGGUGGCCCGGGAAGGUUUAAAAGCUGCUGCCGACAGCCGCAGCCUGUCAGGGGUGGAGUGGUGCGGGCGGGAGUAGAGGGAGGCACCAAGUGAGAAGAGGGCAGAGGGAGCGACACACCUGUCAGCAUGGAUGUGGACCCGGUGGCAUCCACGAACGGACUGAGAACAGUGACCGCCAGGGAGCUGGAUGGCUGGAUCGCCAGAACCCUGCAGCCCAGCACAGCUUUCUCCAUGCAGGUGAGGGCGACAGUGUGGCAAAUCUGUGAAUUCCUGAAGACGAAGUGCUUUGAGGAUAACAUCCAUGUCCAAAAGACCGUCAAGGGUGGAUCAGCAGGAAAGGGCACAGCUCUGAAGAACACCUCUGAUGCUGAUGUGGUGCUCUUCGUCUCCUGCUUAGCCAGCUACCAGGACCAGAAGAACAACAGAAGGGAUAUCCUGGAUUCGAUCAUGACAAGGCUGCAGGACUGCAGGGAGAGCCUGCAGUUCGAUGUGCACAUUGGUGAGCCCAGGUACAAAGGUCCCGACAGCACACCGCGCUCCCUCAGCCUCACUCUGUCCUCCAGGGAGACCAGAGAGUCCAUUGACAUGGACAUCCUGCCUGCCUAUGAUGCUUUGGGGCAGGUGACCCAGGAUGUCCCACCAAACCCAGACGUGUAUGUGGGGCUCCUGCGUGCCUGCAGCCACCCCGGGGAGUUUUCCCCCUGCUUCACUGAGCUGCAGAAGAUGUUUGUGAAGCGCUACCCUGCCAAGCUGAAGGACCUCCUGCGCCUGGUCAAGUACUGGUACAAGGAGAUGCUGAAUCCACAGUACCCCGAGGCUCACCUGCCCCCUAAGUAUGCCCUGGAGCUGCUGACCAUCUAUGCCUGGGAGGAGGGCACAGGCUCCUCCUGCAGCUUUGACAUGGCUCAGGGCUUCCGCACAGUGCUGGAACUGCUGGGCAGGCACCGGGACAUCUGCAUCUACUGGGAGAAGUACUACUCGCUCCAGCACGGAGAGAUUGGUGCCCAUGUCAAGGGCUUGCUGCGCAGUCCCCGCCCUGUCAUCCUGGACCCUGCUGACCCCACGGGGAUCCUGGGCCAAGACAAGGACUGGGACCUGAUGGCACAGGCAGCUGCCAGCUGCUGCCGCUCGCUGCCCUGCCUUGCAAACGUCCAGCCCUGGGCUGUGCAGCCAGCCCGGCCCGUGACCAUUGAGGUGAGGCAGCUGUCAGGCACCAGACUGACAGAGCGUGUCAGCCCCCACACCACCAUCGGGCAGCUGAAGGAUGUGAUCCACCAGAAGUGGGGCAUCUCUCCCUACAGACAGCGCCUGGCACAGCAGGAGCUGGGCAGGAACAACAUCAUCCUGCAGGACUGCGACACCCUGGCCACGCACGGCAUCUUCUACAACACCACGCUGGUGCUGCUGCAGACUGAGCUCCAGGAGAUGGAGAUCUUUGUGAAGGAUGAUAAGAAUCGAAGCACGACCUACACGGUGCUGCCCACCGACACCGUCCGGCAGCUGAAGGAGCGGAUCCAGGCCCGGCAAGGGCCCUCUGCCAACGAGCAGCGCCUGACCUAUGAGUCCAGGGAGCUGCAGGACCAGCACACGCUGGCCCACUACAACGUCAGGCCCAUGGGCACAAUCUACCUGCUCCUGCGGCUGCGGGGGGGCGCGGGCCCCCAGCUCCCCUAGCUCCCUGCCUGCUUGUCCUCCUGAGCAUUGCCCCCAGCACCAGCCCGUGCCCCUGUGUACCCUCCUGUCAUGCUGGAAAUAAAUACUUAGUAGAUCCUU